AUGACCACAAAACUAGAAGAAUUGGAUUCGCCUUCCUCGUUGCCUACUAUAGAAUCUUCGAUGUUGCCGCAAAGAGAACGCGCCAGUUGUGCUGUAUGCCGAGAGGAGGGCGACGGGUUUCAUUUUGGUGCAGAAGCAUGCAGAGCUUGCGCUGCAUUCUUCCGUAGAAGUGUAUCACUGGACAAACGUUAUCUCUGUCGGGGAAACAAUGAUUGUGAUAUUGCUGCAAAUGUCCGCUGUAUGUGUCGCGCGUGUCGCUUUACCAAGUGUCUCGAAGUCGGCAUGAAUCCAGCUGGGGUUCAACAGCGACGUGACGUCAUCGGAAAACGCGAAAUGAAGCCUGACUCCACGAAUAUGGACUUGUAUCAAGCUUUAAGCUCUAUUGGUGAAAGUGUUCUGCCCACUACGAGUAGUCCGACGCCACUGGUUGGCGAUUUGCCAGCGGAAUUGAUCGAUGCGAUGCCGAUUUUGACGAAAAUGCGAGUGAACUAUCGGAAGAUGGAUAAUGCGAGAAUCGUGAUUCAUCGCAAGGAUGGGCAGAGUCUUUUUAAGGAAAAAGCGCCAAAAGCGAUAAACUACAAAGAAUGCGAGAAGCAGAGCAUUCGAGAAGUUUCCCUGGUCGCCGAUUGGAUAUCGUGGUGUUUCGACGAAUUUGUACAGCUUCCCAUUGAUCAGAAGGUCUGGAAACAAGAAUCUGAAAAUUCAUUUUGUCCAAUUUUCCAGAAAGUUCUGUUCCGCAACUUCUACACACCGUUCAACAUGAUCGAAGGCGCGUUUUUAUGUCAUAUCAACGACACGUCGAACGCAAUUAUUUGCCCUUCUGGAGACUAUAUCGAUAUUCAGAAUUUAGACAAAUUCUUCUAUGAUCCAGAUGUUGAGCAGCAGCAAUUGUCACCAGAUGAGGUGAAAAAAAUGUUCCAACCGUCGUUCGAGAUUCAUCGUCGCGCUCUAAUCCUACCGGUGAUGGCUGAGAAAGUCGACGUCUACGAGUUCUUCGCACUUUGCACACUUCUUUUUUGGGAUUUCGGUUUAGAGGAACAAACCGAUGAAUGCGUGUUGAUCGGGAAGGAAGUCAAGGAUCGAGUGAUGAGAGAGCUGACGUUUUAUCUGCGAUUCGUGAAGAAAAUCCAGGAGCCAGCUGUGAGAGUUGCUCAAUUGCUCACAUUGCUACCAGCUGUUCAGCGAAGCGUCCGCCGAUUCCAAGAAGACAUCGAACUGUCGACGGUGUUCAACAUCUACGCGCCCGGCAAACAGUUCUACGAUCUCGUCAACGGGAAAUUCUGCUAA